UUUGUCAAUUUUGCAAGUUGUUCAGGAAUAACAAACUGCAUUAUGUCCCAAGAAAAUCUUCUUUAGUCUGCUGGUAGUUGAAUAUGGAAGGAACAGACAAAUAUGAAUGGUCAAACAUCCUGCUUGAGUAUCUUCCAUCAGGUGUUAUAUUUGAAAUCUGCAAACAUUUGACUUGGCAAGAUAUUUUUCACAUUAGUCAGACAUGUAGGAGAUUCAACCAAUUAUGUGACAAAGCGACUAUCUGGCUACAGUUGAAAUCUCUAGAUUUUAGUAGAUGUAUGAUUCCAUUAGACUUUAAAGUUCUAGAUGUUGUAAAAAGAUGUCCUCAAAUAGGAAUUUUGAAGCUGACUAAUGUGGUUUCAUCAGAAAAUGCUAGAGAGUUCAGAGAAGAGGAGACAACUCCUGCUGACAGAUUUCUUCUGGAAGUCUUACGGCAUUGUACGAGUCUAUACAAUUUGAACUUGUCAAUGACAGAAUUAACUGACAAUUCUGUAAAUGCAAUAUGUUCCAAAUGUGAACAGUUGCGCAGUCUGACUCUUACAGAUAAUGACUUCAUCAGUAAUGAAGGAAUUGUAAAUUUACUGUCUUAUCUUCCACUACUUAGUCAACUUCAUAUUAUUAGAUGCACAAAUGUGAUUCCCAUGAUAAAACAUAAAGAUGAAGGAAAAGUUCUGACUCUAAAGGAUAUAAGAAUAGAGUCCUGUGAGUUAUUUAAAGCGAAUGUAUCCACAUUGUUAAAAAGUUGUGUACAGUUAGAACAUCUAUGUUUGAUUGAUAAUGUAGUUCUACAAGGAUUCCCUAGCAAUAUACCUAAUACAGAAAAAAGUGGAAUGAAUACUUUAAAAACAUUGAAAUUAUAUUCUCAGCCAGAUAUGCGAGAAGUUAAUUUUGAAAAGAUGGACCAGUUAGAGAGUUUGAGAGUAAAAGAUUGUCCACAGUUACUUCAUGUAAAUAUGUGGGCCCCGAAAUUGCAUUGUUUCCAGAUUGCUAAAUGUGAUAAUCUAAAGUCUGUGAAUUUCUAUGAUGUCAGGUUAACUGAAAUAAACUUGUCUGGUUGUGAAAAUCUCAAUUUGAUAGGCAUUGACAGCCCUGUUCUAAAGUCAAUAGAUAUUUCUGAUUGUAAAAGUUUGACUGCUGAUCAGUUUUUGAUUGGUGUAAAUAUUAAGAGUUGUGUAGACUUCUUAAACAUGAGUGGAUGCAACAAGAUGAAUUCGGCAGAUAUUGAUAGUAUUAUAAAGGAGUUUCCAAAUCUGAAUUCUUUUGUGUUUGGAGGAGACCACUUAACAAAUACAGAAAUAAAUUCAGUAGAUUUAACAACAUUGUGUUUUAAGACAAAUAAAAUCAUGUCUUGCCUAGCUCUGAACAUUCCUACCUUAAAGACAUUGAAAUGUGACAAGUGCUCUGGGUUAACAGAACAACACUUGAUGGAUGGGUUGCUGUUUGGUGAGAAAAAGAAUCAUGGAGUUGAAGGAUUAGAAACUCUCAUAAAAGGUAUAGGUGAUUAUACUCCAUUUAAAGGAAGAGUAGGGGUACCAGGUUUAGAGACGCUAGUUCUACAACAGGUACCAGGGAUUCAAGGUCAUUUGUUGUCUGAUUCCCUGUCUUAUUUUAAAAAUCUGACAGAUGUUCAGUUGAAAAAUUGUGCCUGUCUCAAGGAACUACACUUCCGAAACUUGAAGCAGUUAUCUACCUUGACAAUAGAAAGUUGUAAUCAUCUGUCGACAGUUAAAGUCCACAGUGUUAGCAACCUGAAAAUUAUGACUUUAAAGUGGUGCAGUAUGAUAAAUUACUUCAAUGUUGUGGAUGUGAACCUGCUCAAACUGGAUGUAACUGGAUGUAACUUUGCUCACUUUACCUUAUAUUCAGCAACAUUGUCAGAUCUUAGUCUGUCUGGAGUUUGUACCCAACCUUCUCAUACCUUGUCUCUUAAAUGUCCGAAGAUGACAGAGCUAGCCAUUAAUAAGUGUAAUUCACUUGAUGAUGUGACAUUACAUCGUCUUUUUACAGAUAAUCCAAAUAUAACCUGUCUAACAUUGUCUGUUUCUGAUCAUAUAAGAUGUAUAUCAGUGCCAUCAGGAUUGACAUCUUUCAGUAUUACUGCUCUCAAACGACUGCAAUCAAUAACUAUGGAAAAACCAAUCAAAAUCCAGCAUCUCAAACUCAAUAAUCUUAUAAAGUUUACUCCCUCAAGCAGAGUUGACAUACUGAAGACAUGUUCAUCAACACUAACUAAACUAGAAGUUAGGGCAAUUCCAAAAGAGCAAGCAUUGUGCUUAGAACUACCUAACUUAGAAUCAUUAACUCUUGAUCAAGGCAUAGAUUUAGUUGAAUUAGAAAUUUUCUGCCCAAAGUUACUAUACCUUCGGAUACAGGGAUGUCCUAGACUGAAUCACAUGUUGUUACAGCUAAACAAGUUAUCUCAGCUACAGGUUAAUCAUAGUUCUCCAUUACUGGCCCUCAAAACCAUGGUUUUACAUGUAUUACAUGUUCAGCAUGUUGCCAAUGUUUUAGCUCAUUAUUCACCUAACCUGACCACACUUGAAUUUAAAGGCAGCUAUGUAACAAAAGAGUAUUUAUGUGAGCUUGGAAGAGCCAUAGACAAUUUAGUAGUUGUAAAUUUAUCCAGUUGCAACCUGAAUCAAGAUUUAGAAGACUGUAACGGUUCCUUGGUUCUUGAUGGAUCUGAAUGUGGAAGAACUCUUCCAUUAACUGUGAAUAUGCACAAUGAAAUGGAUGUUGGAUGAAAUCAUAUAUUUAUUCAUAUUGUUGAACUGUUGAUAAUAUUAAAAGUAGCAGCUAGCAUACUUCUGAAUGAAGUCUGGGUUCAGUUUGUUUGCACAAUCAUAUUUUGAAUGUGUCUUAAAUAUAGGCUGGUUUAAGACCUAAAAGAAAUAAGGGGGUGAGUGGGGAGAUAGAUAAUAUGAUUAUUAUUAGUAUUUUAUAUCCACCACUAACAUUUUCCAUUGUCUUAUGAUAUAUACUCUGUUUGUACUUAUAAAGUCAAAAUGCUAUAUAGAUAGCAUGACAUUUACUUUACCAUUUGUUAAGACUGUCAUGGUGUUGAUCACCUGCUUAAAUCAGUCACUUUGACCUACAUUUUAUGGCCGAGUGAUUUUUGAUAAUUUUUUCAUUGAAUUCCACAUUUUCUCAUUGUAAACAUAAAUCACUUUGAUGCAUAGAUCAUUGGUUUUUUUUUACAAUUUUAGAAUGUAGUUACACAUUUUCUAGAUUAUUUUUUUAGUGUGGUGUCAAUUUUGUUUGUUAAAUUCUAAACACAGAAUGUAUUUUUGAAUAUUUUUGAAACAUUUUAUUGAAAAAUGUAAUGCCUCAGAAAGAUACUAUUUCAAAAGAGUCUCAUUUCCUGAUUAUUUAUAAGCACCUUGCUUUAUUUGGUCAACUGGCCAGCAUUGCAGAAAUUUUAAAAGUGUGUAUUGUUCUACCUAUUUCAGCAAUAAGUGUAACCAGUAUUUGACUCUCUUGUCUGUUACUUUGUUUUAAACAUUUUUGGAGUCAAGAACUAUAUCAUCAUACUUACAAAAAGAGCAGUAGAAUUCAGAUGGAUCUAAAAUUGACCUAUUCAAAUUAUUGGAUUUUAGUUAAAUAUUUUGAUCAAAGUACAGCAAUUGUUAAGAAUAGUGUUAAUAUUAGAUUGUCUUGAAAAUCUUUAGAUGGCAUUAAAGUAAGUCUGAUACAUUUUCUUAAUAAAUUAUUUGAAAAAUAAAUAGAAUUAUUUUUACAUUGAAUAGAGAAGUUGAAUUGUAUGAAAUAAUUAUGCACAUGUUUUUUAUCGUUUUUAAUUAUUAAAAACUGUUGUUGAAGUUUUAUUAUAUUGUUAUUAUCUGAGCAGAAAUAAAAUAUGAGAAUGAA